AUGACCUUGAGUGGGGACGGCGCUCCGGUGGAGAGCCGCUUUCAGCAUCUCCUUCAGCCCAUCCGAGACAUUGCCGACAACUGGAACAUUGACAUUGCCCGCGAGCUCGAGGAGUACCUGGGCGAGAUUGAAAACCUCGAGUUUUGCUUCGAGGGGUCCAGCGAGACGUUCAACUUUGCCGAGGCCGCACUGGUCAUCCAAGGCUCCGCAUGUAUUUACAGCAAGAAGGUUGAGUAUCUUUACAAUCUUGUGUAUGAAACCCUGAACAAGCUUGCCGACAAGCGACGCGUGCAAGACAAGUCGUCUGUGGACGCGGAUGGCAAUGAUGCCGAUGCUGCCGAGCUCUUGCAUGAGGACCAUGUCGAGUUUCUCAGUCUCGAUGACCUGCCACAAGCCACCAACAUCGAUCUGCAGGAUCACGAAGAGCAGCUGGAAGAAACCCAGGACUUGCAACGCAUGCCCCUGUGUUUGAUGCCCGUUACCUCGACUCCCUAUGGCGAGGCGCCUCUCCUCGGCAUGAAGGGUGAUGUGAUUGGCAAUCGCAAAGACUUCAAGAUGAACACCAGCAUCCUGCACGACUCGGGUGCUCUGUUGCUGGGUGAUGAUGCCUCCCGCUACGUGGAUCACUCCUUCAUUCGUCCAACGACCAGUUUCGCAGUGCCAUCGCCAGGCGGGGCUUCGCCAAGCGGUCUUGCUUCUCCGGGCGGGCCCCAGAUUGGUCUCAGCACACCUCGUCUUGCUGCACGGCGAGAGGACGACCCCUGGGCAACCAUGGAUCCCCACGAGAACAAUAACACCACGCCCAACCAACCGUACAAGCGUCUCACUUCACUCAAGGUCGGUGAUUGGUUCAAAUAUUGGGCGAUGGGCAAGGUGCCGCGUGGCUAUACUAUUCGAGGCGAACACAUUGCCAAGGACAAGAAAAGCAAGGCCUCAACCGUGCGCCCUCUGACUGCCUUUCUGCAACAACAACGCGCCCGCCGUGAGCGUCGCCGUGGCACCGUGGCAUUCAUGCCGGCAUUGAGCCAGCUGUGCCCCGAUCGCUUGCGCGCCGAAGAGCAGCGACGUGCAGAUGCAGCGCGUCAAGAUCGCAUCAAUGCUCGCCGUACCCAACAUACCAUUGAAGAGCAGUGGGCCGUGCACGGCGUCCGCUACAUGCCCGAUACUCCGGAACUCUCACGCUGCGCUUUGGCCGAGAUGCCCGAUGCCGACGGCCCGGACAUGGACGACUUUGAUCACGACGAUGGCUAUGACGCUCCCGUGCCGGAUGCACCCCAGCUCGAGUUUGAGCACGUGGAGCACGUGGGUCCCAUCAACAUCAGCUCGCAGAGUGACCAGCCCGCCUCCACUUCACUGGUGCAGCCAGCCUACGAAGACCUGGUUCAAGAUUACAUCCAAAAAUUCAUCGCCGAAUCGGAAAAGUAUCGCAUCGAGACCGAUUUGACGCGCCGGGUGGAAACUUGGAAGUCACGCAUCCAGCCAGUCUUGGAGGAGGAGGAUCAACGCCCGGCCUUUGAUAUCCACGACUACGGUGCCAAGCUCAUGACGCGUUUGCCCGAGAACAAGAAGAAAGAAACAUCAUUCCCGGAGAUUGCACCCAAAGAGUCCUUUCAGGUGGCGCGAGACUUUUUGGCCCUUCUGCAACUGGCAAACAACGGCAACGUCGAGAUUGUGCCUCCCAAGGAGGGCAAAGAAUUUGGUGUCAAGCUCUUGCACCGGCAACAGGUGAAUCAAUGGCGUUUUGCUGAGCAAGCCUUGUUUAGUGUUUUCUGA